GCUAGAUGAUGAAUAAAAAGAGUUUAACCUUAAUCAAUCGUGUUUUGAGUUGUGAAAAAUGGGUAAAACAAAGAAAACUAGAAAGAUUGCAGAAAGGCGCUUUGCCAAGAUGAAGAAAAUGAUUAGUUUAAGCGAUCCCAGAAUCAAAGAAUCCUUAAGACAAGCUUCAAAGAAAAAGAAACCCGAGGAUCCAUAUGAAAUAAAAGUAAAUGAAGCACCUCAAAUUAGUUCAGCACUGUUUUUCCAAUACAAUACACAGUUAGGUCCCCCAUAUCACAUCCUUGUUGAUACAAAUUUCAUUAACUUUUCAAUAAAAAACAAAUUAGAUAUUAUACAGAAUAUGAUGGACUGCUUAUAUGCAAAAUGUAUACCAUAUAUUACAGACUGUGUGCUCGCAGAAUUGGAAAAAUUGGGUCAAAAGUAUAGAGUAGCUCUUCGUAUAAUUAAAGAUCCUCGUUUUGAAAGAAUACAUUGCAUGCACAAAGGAACUUAUGCUGAUGAUUGUCUUGUGCAAAGAGUUACUCAACAUAAAUGUUAUAUAGUUGCCACUAAUGAUAAAGACCUUAAGAGAAGAAUUAGGAAAAUACCGGGAGUGCCAAUAAUGUAUGUUUCUCAACAUAAAUAUACAAUUGAAAGAAUGCCAGAUGCAUAUGGAGCUCCCAAAUGAUACAUUUUAUCUUUAUAACUAUUAAUACAAUUAUUGUUAUUAAAAUUUUUUUAAUCAAG